AACGUGCUGGACGUGCAGAUAAUUAACAGACUUUAAGACAAAACGUGCUGUUUUUUUUUGCUUCGUCUUCCCAAUAAUGCCUCCCAAGAAGCAAAAAGAGCCAGUUGAGCCAGUUUCGCCUCCGCCGACGUCCUCGGAUGCAACGAUGGAGGAGAAGAAAACAGAUGCUGCGGCGGUGCGCAAACUUACAGCCCAUCCCUCCACAGCGAUCAUGAUGAGAGAAGCACUUAAAGCAUUGGACUCGCGCAAAGGCGUCUCGUCCCAGGCGAUCCAGAAAUAUAUAAACGAGAAAUAUCCCUCAGUGGAUCCGUUAAAGUUGAAGCAUUUGGUACGUAAAGCAUUAAAAAAAGGAAUCGAGAGCGGCACGUUAGUGCGGCCAGCCAACUCUACUGUCACUACAGGCGCAACAGGGCGAUUCAAGCUCGCACCAGUAGUAAAGGAGGCCAAGACAAAAGCUGAGAACGUGGAUCCAAAUGUACCAAAGGCGCCUAAAUCAACCAAGAGUGGACCAAAGAAGACCAAAAAAGCCGGUACCACGAAGAAGGACCCUGCCAACGAAGAGGCUGAGUUACAAGAGGAUCCAAAGCCUCCAAAAAAGUCAAAGAAGGAACAAGAGGCUACUACCUCAAAGGUUGCUCCCGCAAAGAAGCCAAAAGCUAAAAAAGCUGCAGAGAAGGAGGAGACUGAGGAAAAACCAACCAAAACUGGAAAGGCAUCUCGGAGUAAGGCUGCUAAAGCAGGAAGUGAGGCUCCUGCUGCUAAAGCAACUGGGAAAAGAGGGAAGACUACAGAAUAAAUGAACUGAUGUUUUAGACUUUUAUAAUUUGUUUUUGGAAUAAAAUCUUAAUUUUUGGAAA